UCCGCGACUGCAUCCCUCAACGUUAAGUUGUUUUCUUCUUGGUUUCAGAGAAAAUUAAAUCAGUUUCUAUGGAUCCUAGCAGUCCACAAGGAAGGAAGCAUACCAAGUCCUUCUGCAUUUAUUCAAAACCUUGCUUAUCUGCCUAACAAAAUCCUGGAAAGGAAAAUGCCCAAAACUGUUCCUGGUGCCAUGCGAGGCUGCCUGUGGAGGUGCAUCAGAGUCCUGACAUCCCUAGUCAUCCUGGGGUUCUUUCUUCAAGAGAAUAUAGCAGCACGUGUGGAGCAGCAAUAUGGCACAUUGCUGAGUGAAAAGAAGAAAAUGAUGCAGCAGGUAACUCAGGAGGAAAUCAGCUCCGAAAUCAAGAACCAUUUGACAUACUUCACAGAGAUGCAGAAAAGUCCCCAUGUUCUCCAGCAUGUCACUUACACGGUUCUAGUUGGAUCCUCUCUCCAGCCAAAGACGCUGCUGACAGUGGGGAUCUUCUCAGUGCAGCACAGUCCCAGGACUUACCUCUUGGAAACCAUGACAUCCUUGUUCCAAGCUUCCUCAGAACAGGACCUGGAGUAUAUGCUGAUAUUGGUCCUCCUGUCAGACAUGGACCCCAAAUGGCUCAACCAAACAGUUGCCAACAUUUCCAGUCUUUUCAUGCCUCAAAUUGAAUCUGGGAAGCUGCUGGUGGUCCACGGUCUGCUUGGGGGCUCCAGAGCAGAGAGCAGAAAUCAUACCUCUCCCUGUGGAGAACUAUAUUCUAGGCAGAAAACGAGUUUUGCCCUUCUCAUGAAUUUUGCUCGCAACCUCUCUGAAUACUUCCUGUUGCUAGGAGAUAAUGUACAGAGCGCCCCCAGGUUUCUGUCUGACAUCUUCUGGGCCUUGCCAGCCUGGAAGCAGCUUCCCUGGGUGAUUCUAGACUUCUCCAGCAUGCAGAUCUCUGGGAAGGUUUUCCAUUCUGAGGACCUCUCCCGCCUCGUCUCCUUCUUGCUUCUUUUCCCCAAGGACAUUCCCACUCACUUGCUUCUCUCUGAGUUCAGGCUUCUCUUGUCUCAAAAUGUCCCUAUCCGCCUCCGUCCCUCCAUCUUCUACCAAAUGGACAGUGACUCUGAGUUUGAAGGCACAUGCUUUCCCGUGGAGCAAGACAAAGACUUGGGCAGACCAGACAAUCCCCCUGCUACGGUCUUUACAGACAUGAUCUCAUUUUGGAAUACAAUGCCACAGUUUGCCUACAUUCUCAAUGAUGACUACUUCUGGGCCUUGGACCCUACAGAAGGCAACUACUUGCUGGUGGUUCUGGAUAAGCCACAAAAAAUCAUCAAGGUGGGGGUGGAGACAGGCUCUCUUGAGAAUAAGUUGAACAUACUAAAACAUGGACAGCUACUACUGGGCUACAGCCCCAUGGAGUACCCUAAACGCUGUGCUCAUUAUAGCUUGGUAGGACCCCUGGUGAGAGGUCAUUUGGAGCAGAUGGUAUUUUAUGAAGAAGAUGCUGUGCAGGAGAUGAGUUGUGUGAAGUUGCUGGUGACAGGAUCUCAUGAGUACCCUGUCAUGAUCUUGCAGAUCCAAGUCUGGACAGAAGUGGAGGGAGAGGAGGAUUAGAGGUUACUAUAAGAUUUCUAUAAGACAGGGUCUAGGAUGGGGGAAAUAAAUCCAUCGGAUGACCAA